GAAGAGAAGCGAGUUUCUUUGGGGGGCCGGCCAUCUUGUGUGGGCAGCAAGCGAGCGCGCAGGGGGUGGGCCUGGGGCCUGGGCAGCAUCCGAGGAGGAUCCCGCCGACAGGGGCCCAUCAUGCCCGGACACCUGCAGGAAGGCUUCGGUUGCGUCGUCACCAACCGCUUUGACCAGCUCUUGGACGACGAAUCCGAUCCCUUCGAGGUGAUCCAAGCGGCCGAGAGCCGUAAGAAAGAGAGCGCCGGAGGAGGAGGAGGAGGUGGCGGCGGCGGCGGCGGAGGAGGAGGUGGGGGCCACCAGGGCGGUCGUGGAGGCGGCGGCGGGCAGGCGGCCCAAGCCAACUCCUCCUCAGGCGGCGGCUCGGGCCAGGCCGGCUCCGCGGGCGGGAGCGGCAGCGCGGCCAAGCAGCUGCGCAGGGAGUCGCAGAAGGAGCGCAAGAACCCGCUGCCGCCCUUCGCGGUCUCUUCUGGGCCUGGUGGCGCCGGAGACCGAAGGGAAGAUGGAGGCGGGCAGCCCGGCUCCGCGCCCCUCAGGAAAGAAGGUAUAAGACGAAUUGGCAGAAGGCCUGAUCAGCAGCAGCCUCAGGGAGAAGGCAAACCUAUUGAAAGGAGGCAAGAGAGGCGGCCUCCUCGUGAGCGACGAUUUGACAAACCUGCUGAAGAAAAGGGUGAAGGAGGAGAAUUUUCUGUUGAUAAACCCAUUAUUGAUCGCCCAAUGCGUGGCCGUGGUGGUCCAGGUGGAAGAGGUGGUCGUGGCGGCAGAGGACGUGGCAUGGGCAGAGGCGACGGCUUUGACUCUAGAGGCAAACGUGAAUUUGACAGGCAUAGUGGAAGCGACAGAUCUUCUCUUUCACAUUCACAUUUCAGUGGCCUAAAGCAUGAGGACAAGCGUGGUGGAAGUGGAUCACACAAUUGGGGAACAGUCAAAGAUGAGCUAACUGACUUGGAUCAAUCAAAUGUGACGGAGGAGACACCUGAGGGAGAGGAGCAUCCACCUGCUGAUUCAGAGAAUAAAGAGAAUGAAGUAGAUGAAGUCAAGGAAGAAGGUCCAAAAGAAAUGACUCUGGAUGAAUGGAAAGCUAUUCAAAACAAGGAUCGUGCAAAAGUUGAAUUCAAUAUCCGCAAACCAAAUGAAGGUGCUGAUGGACAAUGGAAAAAAGGUUUUGUUCUCCACAAGUCAAAGAGUGAGGAGACAAAGGGGAUGACAGAGGUGCAGGGGACUCAGCUGGAAUCCAAUGAGUCUCAUGCCGAAGACUCUGUAAUGGAUCAUCACUUCCGCAAGCCAGCAAAUGAUAUCACAUCCCAGCUGGAGAUCAAUUUUGGAGAUCUUGGUCGUCCUGGACGUGGUGGUAGAGGUGGAAGAGGAGGCCGUGGGCGUGGGGGAAGGGCCAGCCGUGGAAGCAGAACUGACAAGUUGGUUAAGGAGUUUGAUGUGAUCCACACACCCAGCCAGUCAAGUGCUUCUGCUCCUGAUGUCGAUGAUCCAGAAGCUUUCCCAGCUCUGUCCUAAACUGGAUGCCCUAAGCCAACCCUGCCCCUUGUUGGGCCCUCCUGUACAAGGCUUGCAUGCUUAAGGAUCCUAAAAACAACUAAGAAAUUAAAAAAAAAGGGGACUCUCAUUCAUACCAUUCACACCUAAAGACUGAAUUUUACCUGUUUUGAAAAUGAACUUCUCUUGCUACACAGAAGCAACAAUAUGGUAGUCAGUUUUGUAUUUAGAAAUGUAACGGUAGCAGGGAUGUUUUCAUAAUUUUUUUCGGAAAUUAUGCAUUCUUCAUGGAUACUUUUUUGUAUUGCUGCUUGAAAAUAUGCGUUUCCAAACUUGAAAUAUAGGUGUGAACAGUGUGUACCAGUUAAA